ACGCGGACAGCAGCAAAUCUCCGAAUUCCCUUGUAGCCAGACAUGAUGGCCUAAUAACACUCCGUCAUUGCUUGUCUCUUUCACAUCCAUUCCUUGACGACGAGCUGCCCAGAUUUUCAUGGGUGUUCUACAAAAUGUCUACUUCUCUAACCCAUCUCCUCCCUCCCACACCAGCUCAACCUUCGCCCAAAGCCCGCCUACUGACGCCGACCACCCAUCCAGUCCCUCUGCUCUCUUCCUCGUUCGCGAGACGCUAUAGCUACGUCCACACCGCUCUUGUCCCGUUAUACUAUUAUCUCCGCGCCUCAUCCCUCGUCGCAGAUCCAUCCAACACGUUACUGAGCGACCUGGGCGUUGUUGCUACAAUGCAGUGCCUGUUUUGUGCGGUCUGCUUACCACCUGCUGGGUCCUGGGUGUCUGGCACACCCGGCGGCCCUCUUGUGGAGGGGACGGCAAGUCCCGCACAGAAGAGCCCAAAGAGUCCAAAGGUGUCUGGAGCUGUGGGAGGAGGGGGAAGUCUGAGGAAGAAGAAUCUUGGAACAGGCGUCGGUAAAGGACACGGUCAUGGUAGUGGGAAGGGAGGUGCAGGAGCAGUAGCUGGAGAAGGGGAUUGGGGUGCGAGGAUCAUGCCGACACUCUUCGCCCUGAUCCUGACGCUCACUCUCCCACCUCUUCCACUCGGCUUAAUCGCCCUUGUCCUAGGCGCGCCGUUGUAUCCUACCUCUCUCCUCCCCCUCACAUUCCUCCUCUCAGUGCAUGUCUCCCUGCUCGGCUUUUUGCCGCUGUUCUACACCCACGGUGUCUCCUCCCUCGCCUGGCGCGACGUCGCAGCCGCGUGGCUGCCGUUCGACUCAGCAGGUGUAUGGGGAGGAACUGUGGGGAGCUUUGUGGGGGGCUGGGUGGGCGCCAUUCCCAUGGCGUUGGAUUGGGAUCGCGAGUGGCAGAAAUGGCCUUGUACAGUCAUUUGGGGGAUGGUGAUAGGGUGGACGGUCGGCAGGGCCGUCACGAAUGGGUUGGGAUGGGGCAAGGGGAAGAGGAUCGACUUGAGCGAGAGGGAGGAACCUGAACCGGCCACAGAGGAGAACAUCCAAGUGAGAGCUGAGAAGAGAAUCGAGGCGGACAAGAGCGAGUGAGAAAGGAGGUUGAAACAGUACAACUGCGCGAAUAUAGAGUCGGAAGAUGAUUCAGAACCCAAGGAUCGUCCGCAAGAGCAGAAAGCACGUUCAAGACACUGGUGCGAGGGCAAUGGACAAGGAUCUCCAAAGACGAGCGGUGCUUUGGCACUCCCAAGCCCCUCGACCUUCUUCUGACCACGAAACCUUCUGAAGGAAUGACCAGCACCACGCCCCGUGCCAGGUCUAUUCCUCUUUGUUACACCACCACGCAGAGGUCUGGCCCGCGCCGAGCAUGUUCGCGAACAAUGGUCUAUGGACGGUGUACAUGGACUGGAGCCCUCUUCGGAGCAGCUGGAUGCAUGAACGCUGGGUGCAUGAACUCAAUCGGAACCUCUCCGGUGAUCACCCUCCAAGGAACAUGGAGAAGAGAGGGGCGAAGGGUAUAUGGCAAGACGGAAGGGCGCGAUGGGCGCAGGCAUACACACCGGCGCUGGCACCGACACGGUGGACCUGGGUAUGGGUAUGGAUGUGGGUAUGGGCAUGGACAUGCGAUAAGCAAACCAGAGGGAAUAACAAGGCACUGUUCCAAUUUCCCACUGGGAAGAGCAAGGAAGAGCUUCAGACCAGCUGCUCUAUCUGCAAGGGCAGUCCGAUGAGGCAAGGUGCCGCACCGGAAUGCGUGGAAGCAAGGACGAGUGUCCCUCGCUUGAUAAGGACAGGCAGGGUAUGUACUGUACCGGGGCAUGCAAGGCCAGUAUCCAAGGAGCAGUCGACAGCACCACUUGAUAUCAGGGGAUGUGCAUGAUUGCGAUUGCACUCGGCAGCCGUGACUUGCGCAGUGCUUUGGUCCCGGUGCGGCCACAUACUCGCAUAGGUUGCUGUACUCGGUGCCAACUCGGGAAUAUUAUUACGUGCUUACCUACCAAAGCGUUUUGAAAGUUCGCGCUCGAAGCGAGAUUGUCCAUUAUCCAGUUUGCGUUUUGGCAUUUGGCAUUUGGUAUUCGCAUGCCGGGAAGAGCGGAAGGGGGUUCUUCACACACCGUACGCGUCCUCGUACCGUAGGACGAGGUAGUUCUCUUCGGAGGGACGUCCACGAAUUACCCUUUUCUCCUUUGGAAUGGGACAAUGUCCGAGCAAGAGUGGCGG